AGAGAGAGAGAGAUUAUGAGCAUGGAGACUUCAAAAGCGAGGAAGCGAAGACGACAGAUCGACGGAGAACAACUUGUUUCCCCUGGGUGCCGCCGUGAUACCAAAAGGGUGAGGCACCAGGGUGAUCAACGUGGGACAUGCCACCCUUCAGCUGGGGACCCAGCACUUCAAAAUGAGCCUUGGAACACCUUAGCUCACAUAGGCAUUGGCCUAGAGACCUUCAAGGAGUAUGGGGAAGACGCCUACCUGCACGAUAAGAGUCUUGAGGAGAGAUUUAUGGCUUUGAACUUUCUACAAAGUCAGCCAGAAAUCACCACAGCGUCAUGGAACGUGUUCACCGGCCUGCUUAUCUGCGUGCACAGACACCAGAAGUUGGACUUUAGGUCUCUGUGCUUGACUGUCAACCUUCUGGAGCGGUUUCUUGCUUGCGCUGCUCCCAUCAAGACCACUGACCUGAACAGAGUGGGAGCCACUUGCUUCAAUAUAGCCUGCAAGUUAGUGGAGACAAAGAAAUUAAGGAAAUCAAAUCGCCUAAAACUCUUUGAUGACACCUUUACAAAGAAGGAAAUGAACCAACUGGAGCGAACCAUCAUUUGCAAAUUGCUUUUUCAACUGGCGGCACCGACCAUCGAUGACUUCUUGGAGUAUUUCACCCUCCGGAAGAAGCCUUCAGCUGUCCAGCUGACAAAAGAAGCCAUUGCCCUGACUGCUGCUAGAGGCAUCGCAGCACUGAGCCUAACCCACCAUCAUGAGUUUUGCAUUUAUGCACCCUCCAUGAUGGCUCUGUGCUGCCUGAAAGUAGCCACCAAAUUCCACCCUUCAGGAAAACCCAUCAACGUGGAUCCUGCUGAAUACCCAGACCAUGUAAUGGAAGAGUGUGUCGGGAAGAUUUUUGCUCUGAUAUCAUCCAGGCAGAGCUUUUUACACAAAUUGCUUCCAGCAGUGUUUCCAAAGACACUGCCACCAUUACCUGGAAAUGAAAGACCUCUUCCAGCAAGCCAUGAGGUUGAUACAUCAUCUGGAAGCAGCAGAACACCAAGGCAGGAGACAGAAGCAUGCACCUCCCGGCAAGAACCCAAAGGCGGUGAGACAGCCACAUCCGGAGAGGCACCGAGUUCCAACCACUUGGAAAUGGCCCAGGGAUCUGACCUUUCCAACUACCAUCAAGGGGUAACUUUUCAAAACACAUACAUUCCCUCAUACUACCAACCUUACAUGCACCCAUACAUUCCUACAUAUCCAUACUGCCAGCCAAACAUGUACCCAUACAUUCCUACAAAUCCAUACUGCCAGCCAAACAUGUACCCAUACAUUCCUACAAAUCCAUACUGCCAGCCAAACAUGUACCCAUACAUUCCUACAUAUCCAUACUGCCAGCCAAACCUGUACCCAUACAUUCCUACAUAUCCAGGCUGGCAGCCAUACAUGCACACAGACACACAUCCCCUUACUGACACCCACACAGACACACAUCUGCCUACAUACACUGAAUAG